AUGUCGUAUCUUCUCCCUCAUCUUCACAAUGGCUGGCAAGUGGACCAGGCCAUUCUAUCAGAGGAGGAUCGAGUAGUUGUGAUUCGUUUUGGCCAUGAUUGGGAUCCGGCUUGCAUGGUUAUGGAUGAGGUAAGUUAAUAUUGAUUUUUUUCGUUUUUGUUAUUUAGAUGUUCUAUGUGUUCGUAGACACGCAAAAUAAGGUGUCUCUGAGAUCCUGUCGCUUAUUUCGCUUUUUCAGACGUUACACAAGAUCCAGAAUCUCGUGAAGAACUUUGCCGUGAUUUACUUGGUCGAUACCACCGAAACCCCCGAUUUUAACACAAUGUACGAGCUGUACGACCCAUGUACGAUCAUGUUCUUCUUCCGAAACAAGCACAUCAUGGUGGAUUUGGGGACAGGUAACAACAAUAAGAUCAAUUGGCCUAUGGAAGAGGCUCAGGAGGUGAUCGAUAUAAUAGAAACUGUCUAUAGAGGAGCAAGAAAAGGCCGCGGUUUGGUGGUAUCUCCCAGAGACUACAGUACCAAGUACAAAUAUUAA